GUGUAAAGUCUGCGAUAAAAACGAAAGUGACAAUGAAGUGCUACGAUAUUGAAAUUUACUGCGUUUUAGGCAGUCGCACUGUGCACUGACACAUUACUUGGAUAAACUGCAUGUUUCAGUGAAAAUACAGAGUCUUUUUGUCAAGGGUUUGAAUUGUCUAAACUACUUGUGAAAUCGACUAUCUAAGACAGGAUUGUAAAAGAUCACACCAAUGCCAGUCAAAUACCAGCUGUUGUAUGAUCCAUUAUCAGAUGUGAAAGAUAAAAAUACAGUUAAAAGGAUGGUUGUAUGGCGAAUUGUAAAUAUAUUAAUGACAGUGUUUUUUGCUCUAGCAGCUGUUGCAAAUGUAAAUGAUAGUGAUUGGUACAUAUGGGUGCCGAUCUACCUUAUACCUGCUGUAUUAAGUUUAAUGGUAGCAGUUAAACCAGCUAUUAUAGAAACUAGUAUUUUGAGCAGUUUAACAGCUGUAGUAUUAGCUGUGUUUGUGGGAUAUGGCGUGUAUCUUAUUGCUGUCCUUAUAGACACGAUCAAACAGAAACCAUCUUUACAAAAUCCACUUAUUCAUGAAGAGGGCAGAGAAUUUGCAGGAAUGGUUAUCAUUAUCAUCUGGUUAACUAUUUCCAGGUUUACUGGAAUUGGAAAAACGGGGGAAUCGGCUACGAGUGAUAGAAGAAUAAUGACAGGGCUGUUAUUGAUGACUCUGACGUUGGGCGUGUUGCCUAUAUUAGCCUGGAUGAUGUGUUUUAUUGGUGAUAAUCAUAAACAUAUUGGUCACUGCAGUGGAAUGUUUAAAAGUUAAAGUGAACAAAUUGCUGUUAAUUUUGUGUCUAGCUUUCAAUAGUGAUUGUUAUAAUUAUCAGUAGAUUAUGCCAAGAUAUUGUUUAUGAUAUAAAGUAUUAUCUUUAUUUUAUUCAUAUAUUCUGAAAUCAAUACAUUAUGUUUAUUAGAUUGUUAAAAAAAAACAUUAUGCAAGAUUUAGAGAAAAUGAAUAUAUGAUUGCCGAGAAUUGCUGAUCGUUGACAGUUCAUAUUCUUGAUUGUCAAGAGUGAUGUCUUGCAUUAAUGGAAAAUUUGGGCUUGGCUGGUUAUAUUUGUGUUUAACAAAGAUAUUUUGGCCAUUUUCUAAUCCAUUCAAUAUCUAAGCCAUCCGAUGUUCUAGAGAGCUGAUUAUGGAUGUGUCAUGUGCAUAAAUGUCUGAAUAAUAAUUUAUAUUAAAUUUGAAGCCAGAAAAACACCCGACCAUAAACAGAUUUUAUGCUAACAUAAUGCCUACAGUAUUUCAGUGACUAUAUAAGUUGCUUAUCUGAAUAUCACCAAUUAAUAUGUAUUCUAUGAAAGAGAACAUUUAAUAUUGCUUCUUCAAUUAUUUUUAUAAUAUUGUUAUUUGAAAUGCAAUAAGUUAGUCAGUUGACAGUUGCCAAUUGAAAUGGACAGUUUACAAUAAAAAAAUUUGACGUAUUUUGUUUACUUUUGAUUAGCAAGAUAUAUCUUACAAAGAAUAUAACAAUUUUUAGCAUUAUUCCAAUUAUUAUAUUUUUAUGAAUGUAAAUUGACUGACAGGUAAGUUCUGCAGCUGGUCAAUAUCACCACCUGUCAGUCAAGACUGGCUAAUAUGACUGAAAUGAGAGCCUAGCAAAAAGUGAAAGAAAAUCUUUAGAGCAUGCUUAAAGGCGCAAUACCACUCUUGUUGUAACUGUAUAAUAUGUCCCAAUCUUUAUUCUGGUCAACAAAUUGUACUAUUUUACAAUAUUAUUUUACAAUAUUCCAAUUAAUUAGUGAUACAAAUUUCAUCUUAACACACCUAAUUUAAAAAAUUGGAAAAAUUCAACUAAAUGAUUUGAAAAGCCUAAUGUAAACCUUUUCAAACGUGACUUGGAUUUAAAAAUAUUUUCGAACCCUCUGGACAAGUAAAAUAGGAUGUAAUGGAUAAUUUACACAACAGGUAGGACACUUAAACAUCUAGUACUUAGAAUAAGGCUAUUAUUUAUUUUCUGGAGCUGUCAAGCCAGCAAGAGUUUUAUUGUCCCUUUAAACAACAUAUAAUUUAAAACCUAUUCCAAUCAGAUCAACAUUAUGUUAUAUUACGUAUUUAGCUUUAUGCCUAUUUUGUGUUCAAUAUUUGUUAAUGUCUCUGUAAAAAUAACAUAUAUGUGAUUAUUUAUGAGUAUAUUUUUACUAUUCUUUCAUUUGGGUCUACCACAGAUGCUGUCACUAACUAAAUACAUGUAUGUAAAUUUAUCUCUGGAUUAACCAAUAUGUCAGACAAUACUGUCAUGACAUGAUUAGUGAUCAAAUCGUAUGUGAUCCCUCUUCACAAUGUUGGUCUCAAAAUGGCCUGUUCUACUGUUCAUUCAUUUUAUUUCAUGUUAUACAUAUCUUAAUAUUAGUCAUUUUGGGACUAACAUAAUAUGGUACAAUUUUAUUUCAAUAAUUCGCUAGGACCUAGGGGUCUUUAGCCAUAUGAGAAAUCCGGAGGACCCAGAGAAAAUACACAAGGUUGGGCAGGCGACCUUGUCACAUACGUUGUACAAGCAAUAUUAAUAGUAGGCCAUAACAAACCAUCUGUUGUACAGAUAUAAAUUAUUUCAUCAGUUUUAUUUUAUAUCCUGUUAUAUAUUUUAAUGAAAUGACACUUAUUAAAUAAUUAGUCAUUGAUUUAUGACACCAUAUU